AUGAUUUUACUAUUAUUUUGUAUACUUUUUCGAUUUUCGCUAACUCAAGAAAAUAUAUGUGAUGCAGAUUUGAAACCGAGGAAAUUGGGUGGGUAGAUCAUAGUUUGGCGUUCAAUUUUUUUUUUGAAUUCUGGUGCCAAAAAUAAACGUAGAAAAAACAUUUUGAAAAUCAAACAUUGGCGUUAAAAAAAUCCACUAAAAAUCAAUAACUUUUCAGCGGUAGUCGGAGUUUGGACCCGAAAAUUCGAUUCAAAUUCAACAUCUCAAUAUCGGAUUUCAGAUGAGGAUUUGAGUGUGAGAGGAUAUGAAAGGUAGCCGAAUUUCGACUCAUUUGAAUUAGCUUUACUUAUGCCCCUAAAACUCUAGCCUAACUUUAAGAUAGCUUCAUUCUAAUUUUUCCAGAUCAAACAGCGAUAAAGCCAGCUCAACAGUAAUGUUAGCCAGGCAUCCCGAAAAUUGUAUAGUUCCAAGCUGCGCAGUUCGGCUAACUGCAAUGAUUCAGAAAAAUGGAGCAAUUUUGCAUACGGAUAAUUCGAUGUUGCUCAAAAAAGGCACACAAUUUCGGGACCAAGAUGAGGGUAUUAUGGACAAUUUAGAAGAUGAAUUCUAUUGCGCAAAAUCGAAUGGAAGUUGUGGAGCCGAUGUGCCAAUUUAUCGAUUGGUUAGACAUUCACUGAAUGGACCUCGUUAGUGUUUUUUUUGGGAAAAAGCAUGAAAAGUUUCGAUUUUAAUAGAAUUUAUUAUUUCGCCUCUUCUAUCAUCUUUCAGACUACGCCUACUCAUUCGAUACCACCGGACCCAAUCCCCUCCCUGGCUACGAGAAGGAAUUCUUCCCAAUUUGCUAUGCAUGGCGUCAAACCGCUUCGGUGGUCCUUUUCAAUUCCACAGACGAUCAACUCUGUCUCACAAUCACACCAAAUAAUAACAAUUCACAUAUCACAUACAACACCCAAACCUCCACCCAAUUAUUUUAUCCAAUUGGCACAACAGCUGCUCUGAAUUGUCCGCAAGGAUAUAUUGGAACCGGGCCAAGUAAUAUUGUUUGCACAAAAAAUGGAUGGUAUCCGAAGGUGGGAUUGGGUCAAUGUGUCAAACAGACUUUGAUGGUUCUUGGUGCUAGCAGCAAUCCUCAAAGUGAUAGUGUAACUCAAGACGCCUGCCUUAUUCCCAGCUCUGUUCCAAAUGGAAAUAUCGUUUACUCCGCCAACGUGGCAAAUAUAUCAAUUUCAAUGAAUCUCGUCCCAACAGCAACCCGAGCAAGUGUCCUUUGCAACAUCGGAUUUGUCCCCUCCACCUCUGUCACUUCUUCGAAAUGCAUAGAAUCCACGUGGCAACCUGCACUACCCUCCUGUUUAUCGAUUUUCAACAUCAAAUGUCCGAUCUUGAGCUCACCGAGAAAUGGUGAACUUGUAUUCUCGAAUAGCACUUCGGACCCAUAUGCACUUGGCUCCACUAUAAAUCUGGUUUGCAACCGACAUUAUUUUGGGGUGGGAAAUGUUACUGCAGAAUGUAUUACUGGUGGAUGGGAUCGAAAAUUGGGAAAAUGCGAGCCGGUCGGAUACAGGGCCAGUUAACUUUUUGUUUGCUUUGUUUGAUAUGUGUAUUGUGACUGUUCAUCUUUCAAUACGAAAGUCUAGAGAUUUUCUAUACCAAAAAUAAUGAUUUCAUUUUAGAAUAUCAGAGUUCGUCGACAGGUUUGUCAUUUGCUUAUUCAGUUAGCUUUUUCUUUCACUAUCUCUAUCUAUUCAACACUAACUUUUUCAUUUCCUUUAGCAAUUUCACCAAAAUUCAAUCUACCUCGAAUUCUUUCAGACUACAAAUGGUACCUCCUGUUCUGCUCUUACAACAAGUACAAAUGGAAAUUUGCUCUACAUGCAAGCAAAUUUGAUCUCUUUGUAUAGCUCGGGAACCACCGCUUAUCUGAUGUGUAACCUGGGAUACUCCCUAUCCGGUUCAAUUUCAACCCUUUGCACAAAUGGAGUAUGGUCGCCAACGAUUGGAACUUGUACCUCAACAACUGGUGUGACUAGUUCAACAGGAAUAACUUGUACUAAUCCAACAGUUCUGAAUGGCGCCAUAACCUAUAGCACUGGCACAAUUUUUGAUGCCACUAGAUCAACUGGAACAGUAGCUACAUUGACGUGUAAUGUUGGAUAUACUGCAAGUGGAACGACUAGUUCAACAUGUUCAAGUGGAUCCUGGUCUCCUUCCCUCGGAGCUUGUGUAUCUUCAACAUCUUCAUCGACAACUGGAUCUUGCACAAAUCCAACUGUUACAAAUGGUGUUGUGAGCUAUAAUUCUGGAUCUUCACUAGAAUCAACAAAAUCUAGUGGCACCCUCGCAACUCUCACUUGUAAUUCAGGAUAUACCGUGAGUGGAACAACAAGUGCAACCUGUUUGAGUGGAACAUGGUUUCCAACCCUUGGAACCUGCUCACUUUCUACAACAUCUUCCACAGGGACAUGCACAAACCCAACUGUCACAAAUGGUGUAAUCAGCUACUCCUCCGGUUCAACUAUUGAAUCAACAAAAUCUAGCGGAACAGUUGCCACGCUGACCUGUAGUUCGGGCUAUACUUCAAGUGGAACUGCUAGCUCAACUUGUGUUAGUGGAACUUGGUUUCCAGCUCUUGGCACAUGCACAUCAUCUUCAGGAACAACUGGAACUUGCACAAACCCAACAGUCCUUUAUGGAGUUAUAACAUAUAGCUCAGGAACAGCAUUGGAAACUACAAAAUCUAGUGGAACUAUUGCAACAUUGACUUGCGAUGCAGGAUUCACAGUUAGUGGAACUACUAGCUCAACAUGCUCAAGUGGGACUUGGUCACCUUCUCUAGGAACUUGUAAUUUGGGAUCAAUUUCAACAACAACAAAUUGUACAGAUCCAACAGUUCUCAACGGAGUCAUCACAUACAGUUCAGGAACUUCACUUCAAGCUACAAAAACUAGUGGAACGACAGCUACUCUAACCUGCAAUUCAGGUUAUACCUCAAGUGGAACAACAACUUCUACAUGUUUGAGUGGAUCAUGGUUCCCUGCUCUUGGAACUUGUUUAACCUCUUCCUCAUCAACAACUGGAACUUGCAUAAAUCCAACAGUUCUCUAUGGAACUAUUAUCUACAGUUCUGGAAGUGCAUUAGAAGCCACAAAGUCCAGUGGAACUGUUGCUACCUUGACAUGUCCUAGCGGUUUUACAACAAGUGGUACUACUAGUUCGACGUGUACUAGUGGUUCGUGGUAUCCAACCUUAGGAACUUGUAAUUUGGGAAGCUCAACUGGAACAAAUUGCACAAAUCCAACAGUUACCAAUGGAGUGGUAACUUAUAAUCAAGGAUCAGCUCUUGAGGUUAGCUUUUAGAUGAUAUAACAUUCAAAAUCAAAUUUUUCAGACCACGAAAAUCUCUGGAACUACUGCUACUGUCACUUGCAAUCUUGGUUAUAGUCUCUCUGGAAAUUCUCAAACUAUCUGCACUUCUGGCACAUGGUCUCCAACAAUCGGAACUUGUAAUUUGGGAUCAUCUUCAACAACGGGAACUUGUACAAAUCCAACAGUUACGAAUGGAAUUGUCACAUAUACUUCUGGAACUUCUGCCGAAUCAACAAAGGCAAGUGGAACAAUUGCUUCACUGACUUGUAACUCGGGAUAUACUUCAAGUGGGACUGUUUCAUCGACAUGUCUGAGUGGAACGUGGUAUCCCUCACUUGGAACGUGCUCUUCCUCAUCUUCUUCCGCAACUUGCACAGUUCCCACAGUCACUAAUGGUGUCAUCACUUUUAAUCAAGGCAACUUCUGGGAGACAACAAGACCAUCAGGAACAACAGCAACUGUCACAUGUAAUCUCGGAUAUACUUUGAGUGGAAAUUCACAAACGAGUUGUGAAAGUGGAAUUUGGUCGCCAACUUUGGGAACUUGUGUAUCCUCAACAGGAAGUACAGUUAGCUCAACUCUUCAAUGCACAAUGAUGUUUGCCCCACUUUAUGGAAGUGUCACUUAUUCAACUGGAAGUACUAUCGGACCGUUCGCAAGUGGAACUGUUGCAACGGCAACUUGUACAAAUGGUGGAGCAGUUAGUGGAACAAGCACCGCAACAUGCACAAAUGGAAUGUGGUCGCCGAGUUUCUUUGGAACAUGCUCAUUAGUGAGCAGUUCUACCACAACAAAUUGCAGCGCGUUGACAGUUCCUAGCGGAGCACAAGCAACCUAUCUUCCAUUGAGUUUAAGCACAACGAGUUUUGCAUCUGGAACUGUUGCGACAGUAACAUGUACAUCAACCGGGGCAUCGUUAGGAACAUCAACUUGCACAAAUGGAGUAUGGUCGAAUAGUAUUACAGCAAGUUGCUCAGGCGAAUGCUCAAGUCUAACUCGACCCACUGGAGAGACAGUGUAUUACAAUAAUGCCAUCAGUCUCGCUUCUACUCACACCUCGGGAACCGUCGCCAGAAUCAUCUGCUCAAACGGAACACAACUUGCCACAACAACAUGUUCAAGUGGAACUUGGAGUCCAACAAUUACAACAACAUGCUCUGGAACUUCUGUUAGUUGCUCGAGCGCUCCAACAUAUCCAACCGGCGCAACAAUCACAUAUUCUUCUGGAUACUUUGCACCAUUUGCAAGUGGUACAACAGCAACAAUGACAUGUCCUGUGGGUCAAACCGCUAGCGGCACAACUAUAUCUUAUUGUAUGAGUGGAAUAUGGACACCAACAUUGGGAACUUGCUCUGGAACAAGUUCAUCGACUUCCGGUGAGUGUGGGGUGAGAAUUCAGAAAUGAAGAAUGUAUUUUGUGUUACCCACCUUUGGGUAAUGAAUGGAUGAGUUAAAACUAAGAGACAGAUCAAAAAGAUUUCAAACUUGAAAAAUAAAAUAAUCACCGCAUGACCUAAAGUAUUCCCGCAUGAAACAUCCCCCUUCCAGCAGUAUGUUACACUUUACCAACUGCACCUUUGAAUUCCCAAUUGAUCGUUUCGUCUAACUCAACUGCCCCCUACACCAAUGGCACAAUAGUUUCCACAAAAUGCAAUACUGGCUAUACCAUCAGUGGGCUGAUAACCAAUUCCACUUGCAUAAAUGGAUCAUUCACAACAAUUUCCGCACUUUGUGUUGUCUGAUAUGUUUUCUGUUAUGAUAAACGUGUUAAUAAAUUUCUUUAAUAAAUAAAAACUAGUUUCUUAGGUUGUACCCCUCUCAAUGUUUUGUCUGGCACCGUCACCAAUGGUCAUAUGACCUAUUCGCCUAGUCUCACUUCACUCGUCCCAAUAGGAACUGCAGUUAGUGUAACUUGCAAUACUGGUUAUACAAUCCAAGGAACUUCUUAUUCAACAUGCACAUCUUCCGGAUGGUCGCCGAAUUCUGUAGGAAGUUGUAUUUCUUGUAAGUGUUGUGUUUGGGAAGUAUAUUAGAUAAGCUAAAUUUUUAAAGCUUCACUUAGCUGCUUUGCAAUGUCAACACCAACCUAUGGAACUCUCACAUACAGCAAUACCAGCGGAACCCUUUCAUAUAUUAGUGUAUGUGAAGCACUUUAUCUUAGAAUCUCACAAAAUCUCUUUAGGGCACCACAGUUACACUAACUUGUGAAACAAGUUACACAGCUACCGGCGGAUCAACCUAUGCAAUUUGUCAGAAUGGUGCUUGGACACCAACAAAUCUAGCCACUUGCCAAAGGACUUCUGCAGGUUAAAAAGAGGAUCAGGGGAAGGAAAUAUUUAAACGCAGGCUUUAACACUGUGUCUAAUUGGGCGCAAAUCAAAAUUUUUGAAAUUCGAUUUUCAGCGGUGAUUGGAACUGGAACUUCUACUACAACAAGUUGUGCCCUGGGAAUUGGCGGUGUUUUGAAUGGAAAUUUGGUGUAUUCCAAUGUGAGUUAGGAAUUCCAAGAGUUUAUUGCCUUUCUCUCCAAACAAAACCAAUUUUCAGAAUAGCCCACUUGGUCCGUAUCCUCAACUCACCGUGGCUACUGCCACGUGUAAUACCGGCUUUAUCGCUUCCGGAACUAUGUCAAGCACAUGUGUAAAUGGGGCAUGGUCUCCAACCUCUCUAGGAACCUGCACUCUCUCCACCUCUGGCUCAACUUCAACAUCUACGCUAACCUGUGCCAAAAUGGGGAAUCCAUUAUCCGGAACUCUUUUAUACAGUGCUCUUGGGGAUGGACCAUAUGCCUCUGGAACCACCGCAACAUUGAUAUGUAAUCUUGGAACAAGAGUGAGUGGUAACUCUGUUUCAACGUGUACAAAUGGUGUCUGGUCAUCAUUGCCCGGAGUUUGUAUAUCUGCUUUACUUCGCAAACCAGCGGAUAACAAUAACAUCCAAGAGGACGAUGAUCCGAAGAAGCUUAUAACUACCCUCGAGCAAAUUUCGGGAGAUGUGUGUCCGCCACCAAUCGCACCAGCCUAUGGUGAAAUCACAUUCUCCGAUCAAUCUGUGAACCAUACAUUUGCCGAGGGAACCACGGCGGCUCUCAAGUGUAAUCUCGCCUACAAACCUAGCGGUGCCUCAUUUUCCACUUGUCACCGAGGAUCAUUCCGACCCAUUUUGGGAAAAUGCAGACACGAUGGUGGAGAGGAUAGCCAUCAUAGUGGAAUUUGUGUGCCAUUGUCGCCACCAAAAAAUUCAAGGGUAAGUAAAGAUUCGGGAGAGCGAUGUGAAAUAGUCUAACCCAAAAUUUCUAUUCAACUUCAUUCCAGAUAGUCUACAUUCAAACCGGUUCCUCAUUGGAUUUUGAGGACGGAACAACCGCUUUAUUAUACUGCGAGGAGAAUUUUGCGGUAACCGGCACUGCCACGUUGCAAUGUCAAGGUGGACAAUGGGAACCGGCUAGUGGUUUUGGAAUGUGUGAUAAUAUUUGA